AUGAACAUUGCUAGGGUGUUGAAUGUAAGUCAGCUUCACCACCCUUUCCUGGUGGUGCCAGUAUCUUAUGAUGCCACCAGAGUUUACCUAAUUCUAGAAUAUGCACCUCUCGGAGCUGUCUACAGAGAACUUCAGAAACUGUCAAAGUUUGAUGAGCAGAGAACUGCUACUUAUCUCACAGAGUUGGCAGAUGCCCUGUCCUACUAUCACUCAAAGAGAGUCAUUCAUAGAGACAUUAAGCCAGAGAACCUACUCCGUGGAUCGGCUGGAGAGCUUAAGAUUGCAGAUUUUGGGUGGUCAGUACAUGACCCAUCCUCCAGGAGAACCACCCUCUGUGGCACCCUGGAUUACUUGCCCCCAGAGAUGAUUGAAGGCCAAAUGCAUGACGAGAAGGUGGAUCUCUGGAGCCUUGUUCUUUGCUAUGAAUUUCUAGUUGGGAAGCCUCCUUUUGAGGCAAGCACAUACCAAGAGACCUACAAAAGAAUAUCGCGGGUUGAGUUCACAUUCCCUGAUUUUGUGCCAGAGGGAGCCAGGGACCUCAUUUCAAGACCGUUGAAACAUAAUCCCAGCCAAAGGCCGACUCUCAAAGAAGUACUUGAGCACCCCUGGAUCACAGCAAAUUCAUCAAAACCAUCAAGUAGCCAAAAAAGCAAAGAAUCAACUAGCAAACAAUCUUAA